UCUCUCUCGCUCGCUCUCUUCUGUCCACCGUCGUUCUCCCUCGCCGAGCGGUGGUGCUCGCUCGGUGUUGGUGCGGUGGUGCUCGAUUCUCGGUUUCAUGCUGGGCCUACCAAAAUAGGAGCAUAAAAGUAGUUAUGGGUCUACCUGGCUGACUUAAGGAUUGAUGAUUACUUAAAUAGAAUCAAAUAAAAUAAAUCACCACCAUGACCACAACAAUGAGAGUUUGGUGAUGGUACAAGGAAAACUUCUAAAAUUGCAACAAAAGCAAGUGUAAACGCUCAAAAACAAAUAGAAAUGUGGAGGCGUGCAGUGUUGACAAGUGCUGCUAAAUGUGCUCUACAACUGCAGUGUAUGAUACUGUCCCGGUGGUCCUCAUCGUCAACAAGCAGGUCCUCAUCAUGGACAAGCAUGUCCUCUGCUGUGAACUCCAUCUUGCUCCGCUCCCUCAAAGAGCACUACCUUGAAAUCUCUAAAAUGACUCCUCCCCCGAAGGUGAACCCUCCAUUGCCUUUUACAAUUGUGAAAGGAUCACUUGAAAGCAGUGGUCCAGUUUUAAAAAGGGCAUAUGGUGAAGAGGAGAUCAGUCUCUAUGUAAUGCGAUUGGCUAACAUUAUUCCUGGUGGUGGAGAUGAUGAUACUAGUGAUGAUGGGAUUAACCAGUUGUUUCUUCAUGUGGAUAUCUCAAAGCCUAGUCAGAAAGACGCUUUGCAUUUUCUAUGCGGGUUGUACCCUGAUGCACUUGGUAUUCACUCUGUCUCAUUGAGGCCCAAGCUUGAAACUUCUGGUUUUCUUAUGGUUCCAACCAAAUAUAAUGGCCCCCUUUUCCAAGAUCUUGAUGAAAAGAUGAGAGAUGCACUACAUAGUUACAUUGAAGAGCGAGGUAUAAAUGAGAGCCUUUUUCCAUUUCUUCAAGCUUGGCUUUAUGUUAAGGAUCACAAGAAUCUGAUGCGUUGGUUCAAAUCAGUUGGCACAUUCAUUCAUGAGCACAAGAAAGUUUUAGAUUCUAAUGCUGUUUAAGUGUAUGCCUGCUUUGGUUCCCAUCAAGCUUUGAAACAAUUGGAUCAUUCCUAUUACCAUCUAUUUGUGAUUGGUAUAAGCUUCUUCUCCAUCUUGUUAUUGAUUAGGGCUUUCAUUUAGAAUCUUACAUGUAUAGAAUCACCAAAGUGUUUGUGUACCCUUGGGUGACAACCUAAUUAUUGAAAUGAGAAUUGAUGUUUUCUGUGUUGUAUUUGCACCUUUUGGGUGUGUGUGGUUGCGUAAAUGACAACAUUGACUGUAUUAUAGCUGGAUUGAUUGUAUUUUUGUCAAUUGUGACUUUAAGACUUGUGGGUUUUAGAGA